CCCCAAAAACUAAUGUACACUCGCAGGGCUGUCAAAAUGUGCGGGAGGCGAUGACCUGGCAGUGUCCGGAGUUUAAUCUACAGAGCGCUUAAAACACGAGCGUCACAGAGCCAGUCACGUUAAAGCAGCGGCACAGACCCGUGGAAGGAGUGAACACUUUUUUAUUUCUGCCGAGUCUGAACACAGAGAGACAACUGGGUGUUUGGAGAUAAACGUUUAAAAUGACGACAUAAGGAAUAAAUCAGUUUUCAGAGCACGAUGCAGUUCCUUUUACUCACAGCCGCGAUUCUCUUUACGCACGACCUGUCCGGAGCCGUGCGCCCCGACAAGUGCGCCUCCCGGUGCGACGUGAGCUCGUGUCCGAGCCCCAGCUGUCCCGGCGGGUACGUCCCGGACAGAUGUAACUGCUGCCUGGCGUGUUCGCCGCGGGAGGGAGACCCCUGCGGCCGCAAGAACGACCUGCCCUGCGGGGACGGCCUGGAGUGCAAGCUGCUCGCCGCGGGGAGGCGGCGAGGCUCCAAGGGGGUCUGCCGGUGCAAGCUGGAGCAUGAAGUGUGUGGAAGCGACGGGAAAACGUACGGUAAUGUGUGCAAGCUGAGGGCAGCCAGCCGGAAGGCCGAGCAGAAGGGGAGAGCUGCAGUCAGCCAGGCGCACAAAGGAGCGUGUUCACCUUCAGGCGCAGGUCCUUCAUUGGCCUCAUCAGGCAGCCUUCGCUACAAGUUCAACUUCAUCGCUGAUGUGGUUGAGAAAAUAGCGCCUGCUGUUGUCCACAUUGAACUGUUUAUAAGACAUCCUCUGUUUGGUCGCCACCUGCGUCUCUCCAGCGGCUCUGGUUUUAUCGUCACCCACGCAGGUGUGAUCGUGACCAACGCUCACGUGGUGACCCCGACUGCCACCUCGACGGGCCGGCCGCAGCUGCGCGUGCAGCUCCACGACGGCGACGCAUACGAGGCCUCGGUCAGGGAUGUAGACAGGAAGGCUGACAUCGCCACAAUCAAGGUCAAUCCUCAGAAGAAGCUUCCCGUGCUCUCUCUGGGCCGUUCAGCUGAUCUGAGACCAGGAGAGUUUGUGGUUGCCAUUGGCAGCCCCUUCGCCCUGCAGAACACCGUCACCACUGGCAUCGUCAGCACGGCUCAGAGAGACGGCAAGGAGCUGGGCAUCAAGGACUCAGACAUGGACUACAUCCAGACUGACGCUAUCAUUAAUUACGGGAACUCUGGAGGACCUCUUGUUAACUUGGAUGGCGAGGUGAUAGGCAUCAACACUCUGAAAGUGACGGCGGGGAUCUCCUUCGCUAUUCCCUCAGACAGGAUCAGCCGCUUCCUCAACGAGUCACAGAGCAAACACAGCAAAGAAAAGACAAGACAGCAGCGACGACUCACAGAGGAACCCCAGUCUGAUGCAGAGUCGUCCGAAGUCAAGAGACGUUUUUUAGGCAUCAGGAUGUUAACUAUAACUGAAAGUCUAGUAGCGGAGUUGAGACGUCGGCAUCAAGACUUUCCUGAGGUCAGCGGUGGGGUUCUGGUGCAGCAGGUCAUACCUGACACUCCAGCACAAAAUGGAGGGAUUAUGGAAGGUGACGUUAUAGUCAAACUGAACGGACGACCGGUCCGGACCACCGAAGACAUCCACGCGGUGCUGCAGCAGGACGGGCCUCUCCUGCUUGAAGUUCGUCGAGGCAACGAUGACCUGCUGUUCAACAUCCACCCUCAAGUCAUUCUACACUGAAGAACGGCACAUUUGAUUAGAUUCGAGUGUGAACAAGGCUGGCAUUAAAAGUCCCAUUUGACCAUGGACAACAAACACACUGCAAGGGAAUUAUGAGCAAGCCGUUAAUGGAAAUAUGAACUGAUGUGAAGUGUUUUCAGUUCAGAUUUCUGGUAAAGCGAGAGAGAAAGAAAAACAGUGUUUACCGUCGGAUGAUGUAUAUUUUGUUCUGAUGGAUUUUGCUGAGCAGAAUAUUUGGGUGUGUUUGACAAAUACAGCAGUUAAUCACAGUACUCGAAAUACUGCAGAGGGAUGUAUUGCACUGCCAAAUGUAUGUAAGGUGAAAUCAUUUCAGAAUAAAAGCUUCAAAUCAAG